AUGGCGAGCGCGCAAGUCCACAUGUGCCAGACCCUCCUUCCCGCUCACACGAACCACCUCGGCGACCUCAGCCCCGGCCAGCUUCUCAAGUGGAUUGAUAUCACGGCGUGCCUGGCCGCUGAAAAGCAUGCUGGCAUUCCCUGUGUAACAGCAUCAGUGGAUGACAUACAGUUUGAAGAGACAGCCAGGGUUGGACAGAUUAUCAGCAUUACAGCAAAGGUAAACAGGGCAUUUACUACCAGUAUGGAGGUUGGUGUCAGAGUUACAUUACAGGACCCCUUAACUAAGGUUGAAAAACGAAUUUGUGUGGCUUUCUCUACAUACGUUACAAGGCCAGUAGGAAAAGAGAAGAUUAACCUAAAGCCAGUCAAGCUUCUCACUGUGCAAGAUUUCAUAGAGCAUGCCCUGGCUGCUGAGCGAAGAAAAAUUCGACUGGAUCAUGACCGUGUAGUUAAUGAUCUAAUGGAUAAAUGUGGCAUGGAUGAUGACCAUGUUUGCAGUAAAGAGAAAGAUGUUAUUUACACCGAUUGCACUCAUGUGCAGAGCACUGAACUCGUCCUGCCUCCUCAUGCCAAUCAUCAAGGAAAUACAUUUGGUGGCCAAAUUAUGGCUUGGAUGGAAACAGUGGCUACUAUUUCAGCAAGCCGCCUGUGUCAUGUGCAUCCAACUCUGAAAUCUGUAGAUAUGUUUAAAUUCCGAGGACCUUCAACUGUCGGUGACCGCCUUAUUUUUAAUGCUAUAGUUAAUAAUACUUUUCAGAAAAGUAUUGAGGUUGGAGUUCGGGUUGAAGCAUACAAUUGUGAAGAAUGGGCCAAAGGUCAAGCACGGCAUAUUAACAGUGCCUUUCUUAUUUUCAAUGCUAUCAAUAAACAUGGAAAUGUUCAUAUUCCCAGAAUGAGUUCCAUGUCCAAGGAUGGCUUAAGAAGGUACCAUGGAGCUAUUGCACGUAAGAAAAUUCGAUUAUUCAGGAGAUAUGCUCUCUUGAAGAAAGAAAACUAUUUCACACCUGAUUUCUGGGACAUUAGCGACCAGUCACUCAUAAUCAAAAGCAAUGUUACAGCACUGACUGUCUUGGCAGCAAAGCCUGGAUGGGAGAUAUGUAUGAUUCUAAACCGUACAAAAAUGUACACUCUGGAGGAGGAAAAUGCUUUGUCAAUCAAGGUUGAAAUGCAAAUACAGAUACCUUUGAAACUGGCAUUCUUUCUUUUAUCUAACUUCUCACUUCAUAAGCAUUGGACUAAAUACUACUUAAACUGUAGAGUCAUGGAGUGUGUGACUGAAGAGGACAAAAUAUACCACAUUACAUCCUCAGAAUCAGCUAAUGGAAAUAAACCCAGAGAUUUUUUAAUUCUUGUGUCUCAAAGGGAACCUUCUAACACAGAAGAUCCUUACAUAAUAGCAGUGAAGUCAAUUGCUCUAACAGCUACUCUGCCUGCUCAUCAGAACUACCACCAAAAUGAAAUCCAGUGUGCUGGAUUCCUGAUCCAGACUCAUGAGGAUUCCUCUUUGGUUUCUGUCUUCAUCCAUGGUGUACAUAAUAUCAUGCCUUACUUUGCUGGAAACCUUGCUUGUCUGUGGGAAUCAAUAGAAGAUAUAGCAUCUAUGUGCAUCCAGUUCUUAGAAUCAGAGAACAGCAAAAUGAGCUACAUUUAACGCACCAACAUGGUAUAAAAAUGAUAAAAAUCCAUGAAAACUUUAUGAACUUUCAAUUUAACAAAGCAAUUGCCAUCUACUUCUUUGAAAUCAUCAUCAUGACAAUUGCACUAUCAUCCAAGGCUAACUGAAUGACCAUCUAACCAUUUUCUAAAUUUUACAAAUAUUCUUGUAAA